AUGUAUGUGGUUGACGAUGCAAGUAUGCAAGGGAUGUUUUCGAUCUACCAACAAACACGGGCACAAGUGUCAGUUAUCGAGUUAUAUGUUGAGUUCGAAGAAUUAGUUGAGGUUAAUUUACCCAAACCUAACAUCGACUGGACGGUUUAUAACACUGAAAGUGAAGAGGAAUUCGAGGGCACUUAUCAUAUUGUUGGUCCAGUUGAAGAUGUCAACGAAGAUGAUAUCAUAGUUGAGCCUGACGUUGCAGAUGUGACAAAUGCACUAACGAGCCAACAUCUAUCUAGAGAGCCUUCUUUUAUGCAUGCUUUGGAUCUAGAUGCUAUGAAUGCACCAGAAUUUCCUGAGUUUGUCAAUACAAACCCUGUUGUUGUUACGGAUGGUGAAUUUGUCAUCAGCAUAGAGUUUAGUUCUAGAGAAAUUGUGAUUGCAGCAAUUAAAGAUUAUACCAUUCGUUGGGGUGUGAAUUAUCGAGUGUGUGAAUCUGAGCCAAUCACAUUUUAUGCUAAGUGUGUACAAUAUGGAACAAAUUGCAAUUGGCUUAUCAGGGCUAGUCUUAUUAAGAGAAAGUUUUGUUGGGUUAUAAGGCGGUACAAUGUUGAUCCAUCUUUAAAGGUGAAAUCGGUGAUUGCUGAAGUACAAUCGAAAUUCAAUUAUACGAUAAGUUACCGCAAAGCAUGGCUGGCUAAGCAAAAGGCAAUUGCGAAUAUUUUUGGUGGUUGGGAAGCUUCUUGUGAAGCUUUGCUGUCGUGGUAUAAAGCAAUGGUACAAAAAGAUCCAUCAGCUACAGUCGAGAUCGAAACUGCACCAGCUUACCAAGGGGAUGAGGUGGUCCAGGAUAUUAGGAUACUGACACGGGUGUUUUGGAGCUUUUAUCCUUGCAUUAGAGCAUUUAGGAACUGCAAACCAAUCGUCCAAAUAGAUGGCACACAUCUGUAUGGCAAAUACAAAGGAGCUCUCUUAGUUGCAAUUUCUCAGGAUGGCAAUGGCAAUAUUGUGCCUCUUGCAUUUGCCGUUGUUGAAGGUGAGACUUCUGAUGCAUGGCACUUCUUUCUUACUCAUUUGCGCACACAUGUGGUGACGCGGGAUGGUAUCGGGCUUAUCUCUGAUCGACACAACUCUAUUACCUCAGCAAUAACACGUAGUAACGGAUCAUGGGAGCCUCCGAGAGCUAUCCGCAUGUUUUGUGUUAGGCACAUAGCAUCCAACUUCUUAAGGAAUUUUAAGGCACCGUAUUUACAGAAGUUGAUUGUAAAUAUGGGACUGUGCGUGAAUUUAAUGUGCAGUAUGCAAGAUUACGUGAGCGUGGUGAGGCUUACACUAAGUGGCUCGAUCGGAUCCCACAUCAGCAAUAUGCUUUGGCGUUCGAUAAUGGAUAUCGCUGGGGUUAUAUGA